UGCUCAGUUUACAGUUGGAGCUCGGGCGACGAAAAUGGCGUCAGCCAAGUUCCUUGAGGAAGCACUGAGCACGGACGUCGACGAGUCCGCGGUGAGCGCGAUCGUAGGCUCGCUCGAGACUCAGCUGGUAGCUGGGCCCUCGCAGCAGCCCCAAUCCCAAGCGCAGCCGUCCAGCGCCGCUGGUCAGACGCCGCCGCCGGCAGUAGAAGUGAUACAGCCACCCGCCGGCCCACCACCACCACCACCACCACCACCGCCACAGGCACAGCCGCAGCAGCAAACUCAGUCCGCCGAUGCAGCAGUCGCAAUAUCUAACACAAGCGGGACGAGUGAGCCGACGGUAGCCGCGUCGUUAUCUGCCUUGUCUCAGCAGCAACAGAACUCCAUCGUAACCAACUCGAGUAGCGGUAGCAGCAAUCAUCCACAGAGCAACGGAACCCCCGCCCCCAUGACGGCGGCUGCGACGGCCGCUGCCCCGGUGCCCUCGCCGCCCACGCUCACCACCACCACCCAUUUACAGCAAUUGCCCGUCGUCGUCAAGACCGAGCCCCAGCAGCAGCAGCAAAGUCAACAGUCCUCGGCAUCACAGCAGCAGCACAUUGUUAAUGGAGUUAUCGGACCAGGGCCGAGCCUCGACGGUAGAGGUGGCGGCACUGCAGGCAACGCCGAAAACAGUGUCCCGAGUGCACCCCAACCUCAGCUACAAAUGGUCAAUAGCGUGGCCACGCCGUCGACUCCUCAUCAGCAACAACAGCAGACGCCUUCUACUCCUUCGCCUGCCGUUGGCCAGCUGACGACUACCAAGUUGCAGACUUUAGCGACGCCGGUCAAUGUGGUCACGGCGGCCAAUGCUGUAGCGCAGGUCAAUGCCCAGCAGGUGCAUCAGCAACCAGUACAGGCGGUUCAGCCCGUCCAGACCGCACAAACGGUCGUCUCGCAGCCACAAUCGUCACAGCCUCUGCAGCAGCAACAGCAGUUCAUGGCUCAGGUAACGAGCAACCAAGUCACCAGUAAUCAGAGCCUUGUUCAACAACAACAACAACAACAACAACAACAACAACAACAACAACAGCAACAACUCACUGCUCUAGCCAAGGUCGGCGGUGAGCACGUUAAGAUUGUUUAUCCAAACAGUGGGCAGGUCAUUAGUGGUGGUGUCGCCGUCAAUGCCAAUAACAAACUCACGUUUCCCGCUCAGAGCGUUUCCCAACUUGCCAAUGGUACUCUAGGUGUCGUUACUACCCAGCAGCCUAUGCAGCUGCUCCAGAGUACCACGCACAGUAGCAUUAGCAGCAGUAGUACUGUGAUGAGCACACAGACCACUACUACUAAUCAGGCUUCACAGUUGGUGCAGCAGAUGCAGCAGCAACAACAACAACAACAGCAGAUGCAGCAGCAACAACAGCAGCAGCAGAUGCAGCAACAACAACAACAACAACAACAACAACAACAACAGCAGCAGCAACAGGCCGUUAAUGUGAAUAAAUCGACUGCACUAGUGAUAAAGACUAGCACGCCAGGUGGUAUGGUCUCUGUUCCGAUGUCAGUCCCAGCGACGGUGGCCGCAGGCAUGGCUAACGCGACUGCCCAGCAGCAAGCAGGCAAGCCUGCUGGUGCCGCAUCUGCUACUACCCUUGUGCCCGGCAACGUGCAGAUACUCAAUGUUAAUGCCGUGCGCUCUGGCACUCCAGUUACAGGCCAGCAGGCAAGUAAACCCGUCAACAGGGUCGUGAUUGCCCAGGGUCAUCAGCACGUUAUGGCAGGAAGAACGGGAACCCCUGGGAUAACGCUACAGACUCUACAGAGCUUACAAGCAUCACCAGGCCAGCAGUUACUAUUGAAGACAGAGACUGGCCAAUACCGUUUGGUGACGCUGGGCCCACCAGGAGCACAAUUAGCUAACAACAUAAAUGCGGGCAAUGCCACAGCUGCGGUCGCGGUGGCGUCGCCCGGAGCUGGUGGCACAACGACCUAUCGCCUGGCCACUCUGCCAGCUGUAAGUAGGCUGAACGCACAGUUCACUGGUCCACCACUCGCCACGAUAAGAAAGCCGAUUCAGACUGUAGCUCCUACAGUAACAACUACAACAGUGACUCCAGUAACUUCGACGAUAGUCGCCGCGACAACUACGGCGCCGACACCGGCCGUAACGACUGCACAGCCGAGCCCGGCUACAGUCCAGCGUCAGACUACGGACAAUAAUACCAAAGAAAAGUGCCGUAAAUUCCUAGCAAACUUGUUAGAGUUGUCUAGUCGAGAACCGAAGAAUGUGGAACGAAACGUUCGAACCCUCAUUCAGGAACUGAUCGACGGUAGAGUCGAGCCAGAAACGUUCUGCGAGCGACUUGAGAGGCUGCUCAAUGCCUCGCCACAGCCCUGUUUAAUAGGAUUUUUAAAAAAGAGUCUGCCGUUGCUCCGACAGUCACUAAUCGCCAGGGAACUAAUGAUUGAAGGUAUAAGACCGCCUUUAGCCACUGCAGUAUUUCCCAUGGGCUCGACUAUUGCACAGGUUCAGCAAAAUCAAGUCAGACCGACCGUAGCUGUAGCGCCUGGGGUUGUUGCUGCAGGUGCGCCCACCCCGACGCAAAUUGUCGCAUCUGCCGCUACUGUUGCAGGCUCACCAUCUGCUGGUACGCAAGUACGAGUAGUAGCACCACUUGCGGGAGUUACAAGCGUACCCCGACCACCUCAGCCAAUGGUUCAGCAAAGACUGAAUUCAGAAAAACCAGCAACUGUUAAGACGGAAAAGACAGUUAACAAAAAAAUUAAAGAUUUUUGUACUAAUAAACUAUUGUUUAUCUGUGUUAUUUUAGUGACUAGUUAUGGUUUAGAAGAACCUAACCAAGAGGUUGCUUCAUUGAUAUCUCACGCAGCUCAAGAGAGGCUAAAAAAUUUAGUUGAAAAAUUAGCCAUUAUAGCGGAACACAGGAUAGAUCUCAAUAAAAUCGAUCCCAGGUACGAAGUAACGCAAGAUGUGAGGUCACAGUUGAAAUUCUUGGAAGAAUUAGACAAGGUCGAACGUAAGCGACACGAAGAACAAGAAAGGGAAGCUCUGAUGAAGGUGGCAAAAAGCAGAUCGAAAAUAGAAGAUCCAGAACAAGCUAAACUCAAAGCAAAGGCGAAAGAGAUGCAAAGAGUUGAAAUGGAGGAGGCACGCCAACGCGAAGCUAAUCAGACAGCAUUACAAGCUAUCGGACCACGUAAAAAACCAAAACUUGAUCUCGGUGCUGCUUCUGGAAACAGCACAAGUGGCAUUGGUAAUCUCGGAGCUGGUGGUCUUGGAUUUAACCGACAGCUUCCACUACGACCUCGUCUUAAGCGUGUCAACUUUCGUGACCUGCUUUUUCUCCUGGAACAAGAGAAAGAAAUGUGUCGUUCCACGACCCUUUACCGGUCCUAUUUAAAGUGAUCCUCCAAUGUGACUGGAGCUAUUCCUUAUGUCGUCGUUAUCACAACUUGAACAGUUUGGUUUGAUACUGACAUUAAAUAACAAUCAUUCACACUGUGCUCUUGUGCUCGUUACUAAUGAGACAGACUUGCAGUGCCGGUGUUGUGACUGUGAGCGUUUAGUUUUAUAUGUUGUUGUUUUUUUUUUUUUUUAAAGCGCCGUUGUUGCAGCUGCCAUCAACAUUUUUAUGGUUAACGUAUUAGUGGGGUUUACAUCUCGGGCGGGCAAUAAGUAAACGGACGUUUGUGUUGUCAAAGUGAUCGUCGAUAUGUAAGUUUCUCUUAUACAUUUGUAAAUUUGACUGAGGUCGCAGUGGGGAAUGUAGACGAGAGUUAGUUUGGUGUAAGAUAAAUAGCAUAUCUUUAUUUCACGUCCUUCCGUCACUUUAUCUUCUAUUCUAGUUAAUUUUGAUUUUUCUUUUUAUCUGACCAAGUUACUCAUUGAGCAAUCGGGAAAAUGUUGCCUUGGUUAAAAGGUUUCAUUGAAAAUAAUGGAUCUUCAUAGUUGUCAUAAAGUUAUUUUAUUUUAUGGAAUAAUUCGCUUCUGUUUGAGUUAUAUCAUCACAAUUAGGGUUCACGUGUAGCAAAGGCUGUGUUCUUGCAUGCAAUUAUUAAAAAAAAAA